AUGCAGAAUACAAGUUCUUCAACUCUGAACCCGCUGGAUCAACUCAUAUCACUCAAUGAAACUUCAAGAAGCUUCAAGAUUCCAUUACAGAUGUCUUUCGCUGGCAUAUCGGGGAAAAGUUUGGUCAAUCUAAACAUUACUGGCGAUUUGAGACACGUUGAUGACGAUUUCUCUUUAAUUCUUAAUUUUCAGAGAAAAUGGUUAAGGAUCAAGAUUCUGCCAAUUCAGAACUCGAAAUGGCCGAGGCAGGAGAUAGCAAAACAAAGACGGUCCUUGCCCAUAGCAUCAGUUGAGCAACGAAUUGUGGAGGAAGUGAGGAAGAAUGACACUUGUAAUUGUGAGACAGGAAGUGGGAAAACUACACAACUUUCACAGUUCUUAUUUAAUGGAGGAUUCUGUCGUGAUGGUAAGGUUAUUGGCAUUACUCAGCCUCGAAGAGUGGCUGCAGUUACUGUAGCAAAGCGUGUUUCUGGAGAAUGCGGUGUUGAACUUGGUCAGAAAGUUGGGUACUCUAUUAGAUUUGAAGAUGUUACAUCUUCGGCUACGAGGAUCAAGUAUAUGACAGAUGGGAUGCUUUUAAGGGAAGCAUUGUUGGACCCUCUACUAUCUAAGUAUUCAGUUGUCAUUCUUGAUGAAGCUCAUGAGAGGACAGUCCACACAGAUGUGCUAUUAGGCAUUUUGAAAGGUGUUCAAAAAUCAAGGUCACAGCAAGUCAUGAACAAGGACAAUGUCAAGAACAUCGAUAAUAUAGACUCCAAUGAAGACACAUCAAUUGGAAGUGGAAGUGGUUGGAAGGGCCAAGCAUCUCCCUCAGGUUGCCCUUUAAAGUUGAUUGUCAUGUCUGCUAGUCUUGAUGCAAGGGGAUUCUCUGAGUGCCUUGGUGGUGCAAAAGCUGUCCAUAUCCAAGGACGGAAAUACCCUGUGGACAUCCUGUAUACUUACACUCCUCAGCAGGACUACAUAGAUGCAGCCUUGAUUACCCUAUUUCAGGCGUUUAUAGCACAACCUCUUAUGAAGUCUUCUUCCAUAACUAAAUUCUGUUUCCUGUCUGCGGCAAAACAAAGUGGUAUCAGUAUAAUAUACACAAAAAGUAUUCUUCCCAAUGGACAAGUCUUACCUCCCGUUGAAGUAAAUUACAUUCACAUUUGGGUCCAUUUUUACAGAGAAGCGGUUUUCCAUUUGUAUGGUUCUGCUUCAAAUUUUCCUCUAAUGGUAUUCCAGCCAUCAAUUUUGUUUCUUCAGGAAAUGGACACAAACUGAAGACUGCAAGAGAAGCAAAAACAAAUUUUAGUUGAAAAUCGUCUUGCUACUUUCUUGCAAAUGCUUUUGUUGAUAUUUUGUGGGUGUAAGAAGUUGGCAUAAUAGGUUUAUACUCCCUGAGUUUCUAAUUGGGAAGUGUGAACCACAAAAUUUUUCAACAACGAAAUGGUGUUUUUCUAAGAAUUUACGUCUGUAGUGCAAAAGGUGCAUGGUAAGUUGGCAACAUGCUUCAUAAAGCUGAGCCUUUCUUGAAGCCUUCGUAUACGUUAUUUCUUCCUGCUUAUGUGAUUACACCCUUUUCUUUACUCAAAACUCAAAAGGCAGCUUUCUGUGCCUGCAUAAACUAAGGGAUGGGAUCCAGUAAUGUGAGACUUGUCGUUCUGAAGGCUGACAUAGUAAGCAUAUUUCAGCAACAAGAGAUUUUUUUUUUUGGUUUUGGUAGUAAUUCUUUUAUAUGUUGUGCAGUAUGGUUGUGUCCUGUGUCUUUCGACAUUUUCUCCUUUUGAAAACUAGGUUUUGAUAAAAUUGAGUUUUUCUUUUUCUCAAACUCAUUUUUUAAUGUCACCUGAAAACUAUAAGAACUCCACUUUGAAAAGAGUGCUAAUCGAAACACAUUGUUAGGGGUGGGCAAAUUUCUUUUAGGUGUAUUGUUGCCAUCAAAGUACUCUCGUCUCAUUUGAGUGGAAACAAUCACUUUAGAAGGGAGAUAAGAUCAUGCACAACCAAACAAAAGAGAGAGAGAGAGAGAGAGAGAGAGGGCAACAUGAGUUUGAGAUUACCUUCAUCCAGAUUGGAGAGUACACCUGACCUGCACUUGAUGACAUCUUCACCACCAUCAGCAUGAGCAGCAGUUGAUCACAACUUCACCACCACCAGCACUACCACUCUUGCUCUAUCCACUGCAUCAAUUGCAGGGAAGCGUCUUCUAAAACAUGAGCAAUGGUUACAGGGGCAUUAUAAAAGUUUGUAGUCAUUAUAAAAAUAUGUAAAAAAUCAUGUAAAACAAAAACAAUUGGUAUCAUGUCUAGAAAAAAUAAUGCAAAAAACAAACUCAAGAUAAUGGUAGCUUUAAACAGGCUGAAAUAAUUGCCAAAAGGUCUAUGAAAGACAAAAAUUUUACAAGUUGAAGCCAUACUUCCAAAAUUUUCAAAAAUUGUAAAAUGUGUUAAGCUCAUUAAAUCCUAUUAUUUUACUUGUAAAAUGUUAGAGUUUUACAAAAACUUGUCAAAGUUGUAAAUUUUGCAAAUUAAAAACAAUUUGCAAUGUAAGAGCUUUGUAAACUAGAAAAACUGAUGAUGAACUUGAAGGUCGCCUUACCAAAAUUGUUCAUCUGAAUGAUGAAACAAAUGUCGAAGAACUCAUCAAAGUGUUCAUAAUGAUCCUCAUGAGACAACCCAUCAAAUGAUGGUAACAUUUGAAUCAAAUGGGGUUCAACCUCAAAGUUGUAUGUUGCAAUCUUAGGUCUUCUGAUAUCAGGAAUUUGUUGCAUGAUGCAUGAACAAAAUAUUCUAUGACAGGAUGGAUCUAGGGUCCUGGAUUUUGUGUGAAUCUCAACGUCACAUUGUUCCCAUUAUUAGCAACACCUUCUUCACUUUAAAUUGGAAGGCCUUUUGAGUGUCCUGGGAUGGAAACGAGGCCUUCCUUUUUCUACUUGAAGGGUGUUCAUUUUGGUUCUUCCAGCACGUAAUGAAAAUAAAUUAAACUUUGAGUUAGCAUAAUGUAGCAUAUGAGAGAUUUCGAUGUGUUGUAUUAGAGCGUAUCUUAUGGAAUAAGCUAUAGUUUUGAAGAUGAUAUCUUACCCGAUGCAAAAUCUUUCUUCCUAAUUUUCUUGGCCAAUUUCCCCGUUUUCCCUUUUCAGGUGAACUUGUUCAUUCUUCGUUUUGCUUUUCGAUGUUUACUUUUGUCAUUCUUUCUGAGAACUCAUAUCUGCUUAUACAGCUGACUGAAUUGGCUUAUUACUGUAGUUAUUGAAUGUUGGAAUUGGAAGUAAUGGGUAAUGCGAUCAUCAUAGGAUCAUUGACCCAUUUCAGCUGUUCUUCUUGCUGUGCUUUUGAUUAUUUUAUAGCCUAAAGCAUUGCUCUACAAAUUUGUCAUUUAA